UCUCCCCUCAGAAAACCCAACCAGCAAGAUACUUAUCCUGAAAUUCUCUCUGGAUGCUCUUCUCCUGGAUUCAACAGCUUGAGAAGUGUGGUUGCGGGGAACUGCAGGCAGUUAAACAAAAAGACAAGUGGGAAGAGUAAAGUCCAGAUUCCUUCCAGCUAGUCUAAUCUCUGGCAAGAGUUUACACACAGAUACACACAGGAUUUUUCACCCUUCUGUUUUCACCCUUUUGAGUCUUUAGUAGGGAGAUCCAGAUCAACCCCUUCCAGCCUCUUGGAGACAGGAGGAGAGUGAGGAAGGAAGAAAACUCAGCUGGAGGAAAGAGGGUUGUUUUCAGCAAUGGGAGAGCUGCUGAGCUAUACUGGAAGAAAUUACAGAAGUGUGCUGCUCCCUCCAAUGCAAUGCUGCUAGAACUCUGCUCUCUGUGAAAUAGAAGAGAGGAGGGAAAGGAAGGGAGGAGGCAGCUGAGCCCAGCAAGACAGAGAGAGAGGGAAUGUGAAGCCUGAAGAAGCUGCUGGCCACUUUGCUCAGAAAGGAUGCAGCUCUCCAGGGCACUUGGGGUCCUGGUGGUUCUCCUGGAUUUGUUACCCUGCUUUGGAUGUCUGGAGACUCUCCUGGGAUCCCAGCCCAGCCAAAACCAUUUGCAGAGUGCAGCUUCAUUUCUAUAUCCAGUGUCCAGUGUGUGUGGCCUUGAUCCUCUUGGGUAUUACAAUGGCUCGCUGGCUGUUACGGAGACUGGGUUAGAAUGCCUGAAAUGGGCAGAGUUCCCCGAUUACGUCCAGCAGUAUCCACACCGGGGCUUAGGGGACCACAACUACUGUAGGAAUCCAGAUGGGGGGACUACACCCUGGUGCUUCUACCGGCUUCCCUCUGGAGGAAUCGACUGGGCCAGCUGUGACUGUAAUCAGGGUGCUGUGCGGCUGGCAGAAGGUGGAAGGGUGGAGUUCUACUUUAGUGGGCUGUGGGGCACCAUCUGCGCUGAUCAUUGGACAGACUGGGAUGCCAGUGUGAUCUGCCGGCAGCUGGGACUCAGUGAGAUUGGCACCGCUGGGAAGAAGAGCCACCCUGGCUUGUGGCCACUUCCCCUCCAUCUGCAAUCGGCAAACUGCCGUGGCAAUGAGCAGGCCCUGCUGCAGUGUGGCUACCAGGAGGCUGUGUCAGGAGCCUGUCACCAGGGCAGUGCAGUGGCAGUAUGUGUCCCUCCAGAAGGUGUAGGGACCCCGCUGCGUCUGGUUGGGGGGAAGGCAAGCUUUGAGGGACGAGUGGAGGUCUACCAUGAUGGUGAGUGGGGCACCAUCUGUGACGACCAAUGGGACAACAGGGAUGCUGAAGUGAUUUGCAGGCAGUUAGGACUCAGUGGGACUCCAAAAGCCUUAUCAUGGGCUCACUAUGGGCAGGGGUCUGGUCCAAUCCUGCUGGAUGAAGUGGAGUGCUCAGGGAAUGAGUUCUCACUGGACCAGUGCAAGAAGAAUGACUGGGGACAGCAAAAUUGUGACCACAUUGAGGAUGCGGGGGUGUCCUGUGAUCCCUUCACAGAAGGCACUGUCAGGCUGACAGGAGGCAACACCCCCAGUGAAGGAAGGGUAGAGGUUUAUUACAAUGGAGACUGGGGCACCGUGUGUGAUGAUGGCUGGACAGACCUCAAUGCCCAGGUGGUUUGCAGGCAGCUUGGCUUCAGUGGCCCUGCUUGCCUGGCUGGUGAGGGGGAGUAUACAGCUGGCCUAGGCUUUAUUCUCCUGGAUGAUGUGGGCUGUAAAGGCACAGAGCUGUCCCUCCUGGACUGUCCUCACAGCAACUGGGGGCAACACGACUGCUCACAUGCUGAGGAUGUAGGCAUCCGCUGCUCUCCUGAGAACAACAAGAUCUUGGAUGGGACCUUGGGGCCCCCUGUGCGGCUGGUGGAUGGAGAGAGCACAAAGGAAGGGCGGGUAGAGGUGUUCCUGAAUGGCCAGUGGGGCAGUGUCUGCGAUGAUGGCUGGACAGACAGGAAUGCCAUGGUGGUUUGUAGGCAGCUGGGAUACAGUGGCACGGCAAAAGCCAGGACGAUGGCAUAUUUUGGGGAAGGGCAUGGACCCAUCCACUUGGACAAUGUUGAGUGCAGUGGCUCAGAGCGUGCUUUGGGGGAGUGCACCAAGUCUGACAGUGGGAUUCACAACUGCUGGCACAGUGAGGAUGCUGGUGUGAUCUGCAGCUAUAGGGAAGAGAAGGCCCAGGACAUCAGUAAUGAAGAUUCAGUGUCCAGCAUGUGUGGGAUGCGCUUGCUUCACCAUCGCAAAAAAAGGAUCAUAGGCGGAAACAAGUCCCUCAGGGGAGGUUGGCCAUGGCAAGCAUCGCUGCGGCUGAAGGGGUUUCACAGAGAUGCACGUCUGCUGUGUGGAGCGACCCUAAUCAGCAGCUGCUGGGUGGUGACUGCAGCACACUGCUUCAAAAGGUUUGGCAUUGAUGUGCGCCGUUACUUGCUGCGAGUGGGUGAUUACCACACUGGUGUGAAGGAUGAGUUUGAGAGAGAGCUGCCUGUGGAGAGGAUCGUCCUUCACAGAACCUACCAGUCCAGCAGCAAUGAUAAUGACAUUGCCCUGGUCAGGAUGCGGGGCAGGGAUGGCCACUGUGUAUCCUUCAAUCGCCACGUUGUGCCUAUUUGCCUCCCUGACAGGAAGGAGAAGUCUGCCAUUAACCGCCAGGUCUGCAUCAUCUCAGGAUGGGGAGACACAGGGAAGUCCUAUUCCAGAACAUUACUGCAGGGUGUGGUGCCCCUUCUCCCAAGAGAAGAUUGCGAGACCCGCUAUGGAAGCAAGUUCACUAACCGGAUGAUUUGUGCUGGAAACCUCUCUGAAGAUAAGCGUGUGGACAGCUGCCAGGGUGACAGUGGUGGACCACUCAUGUGUCAAAGGUCAAAUGGACGCUGGGUCAUUCUGGGGAUCACGUCCUGGGGUUAUGGGUGUGGCCGAAAAGACUCUCCCGGUGUUUACACAAAAGUUAGCAAAUUUGUACCCUGGAUCAAGAAAGUGACCAAGUUGAAAUGAACACCUGUGAGCCUUGUGACCUUCAGCGUUGGAUUCUUUUUGCCACUUCAGAAUUAAAAUAUUGGCCAGUACAUGAGAAAGAGCUGCCUUCUACCUCCAGAGGGGGCUGCUGCUUCUCUGUAUCUGAUAGGGAUCUGUUUUGUCUUAGUGGUUUAAUUUUUGUCUCAGGUUCAGAGGAAGCAAUUAUGUUUGACUAUUGAAAGACCUUGUUUUACCUUCAGUCCCAAAAUCUCUGAACCAGGAAAGCAGAUAUGAAUGACAAGAUGGAUGCUUCUGUUCCUCCAGCUAUCUGAAUCCUGUUGAAUAGUAUUGCUUAGUUCCUCUACUCCAGAACACAGAGGUGAUGGGAGUGGGGAACAGGCUUCUGUCAGGAAAUCUCUCCCCCACUUCUUGCAUGUUCAUCCACUUGGCCAACACUGCCAGAAGAGGUGGAACACCUGGUGAGUGGGGACCGCAAGGUGCUGCUGUGGAGGAGAUCUUCAGAGGAGGCUGCUCUCAGCCGCUUCUCUGCAUCACCCCUCAGACAGCAGGACUGUGGAGGGGAACAGGGAGAGGAGGCUGUGACUGUCUUGCUUCUGCUCUCCCCAAGUCAACAGGGUGUAGUUUCUCCUUUUCCAUGGCUGAAGGAGGCAUUUGCUCUCUCCUGAGUCUUAAUUUCACUCUCCUGCAGUCCCUGUGAACAUCUCUAUCCUUCCUAGAUGUUCAUCCUUCCACAAUCACCCCAAUCACUCCUCAUUCUCAGUGCUGGAACUUCUCUGGUUUUAUUGCUAGGCUUGUGCUACUCGGUGUUUUUCCUUAAAGCCCCAGGUGCUGUAGUCAAUCUUCACUGUAAAGAGAGAGGAUAUAUCUAGCCCUCAUGGUUGUCAACAAAAGCUUGAAGAUGUGACCCCCUAACAGGCCCAAAAUGAAAAGAUUAAUAAAAAAAACACAGAAAAAAACCCCCUCCAAAUGUGCUGGCAAAGCUAAAUCUCAAAUGUUUGCAUGACUGGGUCAAGAUGACAGCAGUGUAGAGAAUUCCUCUUGGUACUUGAUCUGUAUUAGGUACUUAUCUGGGCCCCCAUCCCCAUAGCAAAUGAAUGCCAAACAAUAUUUAAUGAUUUUAACCUCACAACACUUGCUGUCUGCUCAAGUUGGGGAAAUGCUAUAGUUCCCAUCACAAGUGGGGAACCAAGACAGAGAAACUGAGUGACUUGCUGACAGUUGCACAGGAAGUUUGUGGCAAAGUGGGGUAUUUGGCUUGUUGAAGCCCAGGGUCACAUCCAAACUGCUGAACAGCCUUCCUGUCUGUGUUUCUGUGCAGUCUGACUUUUUUCAUGCCUCUCAGAAGACACAGGGUUGGAUCCUCAGCUGAUGUGGACUCUGACUGAUAUAGCUGCUUACACCAGCUGUGGAUCUGGCUUGUAAUCUCAGCAUGAAUGGAACUGAUGUAAGGUUAAAUGAAAACACGGUUGUUGGGUACUUGUCAAGUCUUUCCUGACCUUGUUUGUUCUCUUGAGUGAGAAGAACAGCAAUGUGAGAAACACCUAGGUAUUUGAGUUAACUUACUUUUCUUAACUGUCUGCCUGUUUCUAAACAGAAUGCAGGCAAGCCAGUUAGUUCAGAAUAUAAGGAGUGUUCACUGUACACAGAAGAGCUGGGGAGCAAAGGAGCCCUAUCUGAGCUGAAGACAUCAUUAUGAUAUGAUGCCUUGGCUGUGCUGAGACACCUACAUUUGAAGAGACACAAGCAGGUUAAAAAUUAGAUGUUUUUUAUGAGCAGAUGUCUAAGCCCAUGCUAAAUUGCUCAGUUCAUUUUCCCCUCUCUGAACGAAGUAUAGGAUGGUUGGGUUGCAGCAGGAUGUGUGUUGAAAAAUCCUCCAGGAAAUUCUCUUUUAAGCAGAAUUCCUUGAGCUGUGUCUUUUGGUCUUAAUAAUGGUAAAAGCUUUCUCCCAGCACAUGCAGCAGCUGGCUUCAUUCCCCCAGUAAUUUGAAUGACAGGAAAAUGUGGAAGUGGAUAUUUUCUAGGAUCCUGGUCUUUGCAGUAGAGCGAAUUGUCCACCUUCCGCAAAGAUAGUGCCAGUAGCUGAUUGGAUGACACACUGAGGAUUGGCUUUUGCAUGGGUCUGACCCAAGACAAGAGACUUCUUAGCUCAAGUGGAAGUGUUGCUUCUUUGGCUGCUGCCACCUGUCCAUUAUAACCUUGCUGAGUUGAUCCUCCAUGCCUAUACUUCCUUCGAGCACAGUGGUUUCCUUACUAUGGGAACAAGGCUUUUAGCUAGUUCUAGAGAAUGGCCCAGCUGAUGCAAGGUGUGGUUGAUGUUAGUGACAAUUAAGUUACUUUUUGCUGGAUAAAGUCCAGCAUCAUCUCUUUGAAUCUUACCAUUUUCUGUCCUCCUCUGCUUUAUCACCCACUGGAUUUGUAAGAAUUCUUCCAAUAAGUCCCAUGAUACCAUACAAGAAAGAGUGAGGGAGGAAGUUAUAUUUCUACUUCACCUCACUCAUUUUUCAUACUCUUUAGCAGUCCCCUAUGCACAAGUCUAUAGAUGUUGUUCUUAAUUCUUCUGAGUUACCUCUUCAGAACAGUACCACUUUCCUUUCCUACUAAAAAUGGAAUUGCAGGCCAAAAUGACUCUUACUGCCUGUUACAGGGACAUGUUGGAAUUGGCAGACUUGAUCAGGUCAAUGUUAGAUGGAAAAAGGAGGAUGCAAGAAACUGAACAAUUAUUUUCUAACCUCUCUUUGGGGGAAGUUUGCUCAUGUGAUUUAUUUGUAUUAUCAUAGCACUACAACCCCCAUGAUGCUAAGGACUGUACAAACAGAGAAGAAAAAGAUUGUCCUCUUGUGCCUAUCUUAUGCCCUGAAGUAUGGGGGAUAUAGAAUCCUAUCUAAAGUAAUGAGCCUGUGCUCUCUAUAUAAAUGUUUGAUCCUUUAUUUAACCCAAAUAAGCUCUUUGGCCUCAGUGAUACAUUCUGACAGUGGCAGUGUUUUAUGCCCCUGCAUAGCAUAUUAUUCCUUUUUAUUGCUUUUAAACAUGCUGCUUUUAAUUUUCACUGAGUGAUGUCUGCUCUUGUGGUCUCUGCUAUAAGUUUGGGUAUGCGUGCUCAUUUUAUGCUCUGUCAACCAUCCAUUCUUUAAUGGAUGGUCUCAUCUCUAAACAGUCCCAAUCUCUUCAGACAGACUGAUCCAGCCCUCUAAUAAUUUGCUACCUCUCUCUGCUGGAUUUUCAAAAUUUAGUCAUGAGAACUGAACCCAGUCUGCACCAUCUCGUGAUUAUUUUCAGCAUUAUUUUCUGUCCCAUCAGUCAUAGCAACUACUGCAAUAUAGAGUAGACAUACCCAAGCUAGUGAGUUUAAAAGUUGUUUGCAUACUGAUAGCAGUCCAGCCACAGUAGCACAUAGCUCAGCACGAAUUAUUUUAGCCUGCACUACAGGUAGAUCAUGUAGUUUACAUAGACAUUUCUGUAAUUGGAGUAGCCAUUGCGGCUAGGGACAGACAUUACACAUAAACCAGUUUAAGUGAUUAGAAACUGGUUUAAACCUGUAACAGAACGGAUCUUCAGUGUACAUAAACCAUUUUGAAAAUGGCUGAAACCAGUCUGAGAUAAACCUGGUUGAAUGUAAUAUCAGACUUAACUGUCCCAGACCCCUUCCUGGUUUAAGUUAAACCAGAGUCCCCCAGCAUCCCAGCUGCUUUGCAGGGCUAUCUGCUGGAGCUCCUUCCUAGCCAGAACACUGUCACUGUUCCAGUUGGCUGAGGGGCUGCAGUGGCUGCCAGGCUUCCCCCUCCUCAACACCCCAGUCCUUGCUGGCUGCUCAAGCAGGGAUUCCCGUCUCCCGCCCCUCUCCCACAGCAGGUACUCCAGCACAGGGACCUGGCAUCUGGCCAUGCCCCUCCCCAUGCUACCUAAUGCUUAGGGGUGUCUGUGUGGGUCUCUAAUUUCACUAGAAUAAAGGCAGACAGCUAGUGGAUUGCAAAUGCAAAUGCAUCCUGAAGAUAAGAGCUUGAAACUAAUGAGAGAGAUGUUUUCUUUUGUAGGGCUUGAUGUGCGGAUAAACUGGCUGCAAUCUGCCAGUCUUUAAGAGGGUACAGAGAAAGGUGUUAGAAAUGAUCUGGUUUGCAGACAGUGUGAAAAAACAGGGAGACAGAGAUUGAAAAGCUCAGUAUCAACAGAUGCGCUCCCACCCUUUGAGCAGUCAGCAGGGAAAAGCCUCAGACGGUGCAGGCAGGGUGAGAGGUUUACACUACUCCCUAAUAAUCAGAGCAUCUUACUAGGGCCUGGCCAUGCCCUCCCCCUCAGCUCAGCACUAUGGAAGGAAAAGGAGGGCUGCCCUAGCACCCCCCCCCCCCCCCCCCACAGCAUCUAGCCUGAGCCACUGCCUGUGCCUGCAUUUCUGGAAUGAAAAGGGAAUGUUUAUCCACCUCCAAAUCGGUUCAAGCUUUGCAGGUUAGACUAACCUGCAAAGACUGAAUCAAUUCAGGCUCAGGCCUUUUGAAUGUCUGUCUCUAGCCUAUGUGAUACUACAUGGCAGAAGAUCAAACAGCAAUGUGACACACAUUGGGAAUUUGCUGUGCUAAGACCAAGUAGAAAGGCAGUAUCAAAACUAGGGCAUAUACAACAUCACUUUAACACUAUUAGGAUAUCUUUACUGCUAAGAAAAAGUAGCAAAUGCUGCAGUUGCUUCUCACCAGGGAGGGCUUCCAGUGCUCUCUAAAUGCCUGCCCUCUGUCAGGGACUGGUUCUGGUGUUCAGUCCCUUUAUGACCUGCAGUGCCUGUCUCAGCCAUGUCUUAAAAUCUGCCCUGGCUGUAGCCAGCUAGAGCUGGGUUAGAGAUUUAUCCCUUUCCUGGAGCUGUAUAUUGUUCAGAGAAUCUCCAUGAAUUACACUCUUUACUAUAGUUAAUUAGACAGCUGUUUAUUAACCUGUGCAAGAUGCUAUAUUGUAGGGUAAUAAAUCAGUUAUUCAAAUGUGGGCACAAAGAUCUGUAAGAAGAUUGGAAAAGUCACUUUGGGACAGGGGGACAUAACUGUUUAUAUUCAACUGCACCUUCAUCUCUGAAACAACCUUCUUCAUUCAAAGGAAGUUGUUGUGGACCAGAAAACACUUGGAGCAGGGUUCUUACAUUUACAGGCAGCAAUCAGAAGAUGCUGUGGAUAGAUCUAAGGAUGAACUGUGUGGACUGCAGUGGGAUCUGACACUACCUUGAUGAAUUCCGUAAGUCUUCUGCAACCAGAGAAGGUGGAUAUGUGAAGAUCUCAGGAGAAGAAAGGUCCCUAUUCCAGCUGACUCUUAGGGUUCCCUGUGCAAUUUGUGUUAUGCACAUACCCUCUGGGCUCCAUCUUCUUUUUUUAGGAAGCAUCUGUGUCCAUGAAAUCUGGGAGAUCCCCUUCUUUGUAUAGUAGCCCAGCUGUUCAUAAGCAACCUCUUCUACAAACCAGGGGCAGAGCACUCAAUAGAAUACCUCUAACGUUAUUUAAGUGCCAAAACUGUUUUGUCCUCUGAGUUACCAUUGACAGCUCAUGAAAGAGGUUAAUAAAUAGAUUGUGCUGCAA